AAUACUAGUGUACAAUUUCAUAGCUUUUAAAAUUAUUACUUUCCUUUUUAACUUUUUCUCCUUGUCAUCGUAUAUUUGUUUUUGUCGGUUUGCUGAGAUAUUUGUUUCACAGCUUCGGAGAAAAGAAAAAAAGAGCAUUUCGUCGUCUCUGAAGCGAGAACCCAAAAUCGAUCGAAGAAAUGGCGGAUCAGCUAACGGACGAACAGAUCUCCGAGUUCAAGGAAGCUUUCAGCCUCUUCGACAAGGACGGCGAUGGUUGCAUCACCACCAAGGAGCUGGGGACAGUGAUGCGGUCCCUAGGACAGAACCCAACAGAAGCUGAGCUCCAGGACAUGAUCAACGAGGUGGACGCGGACGGCAACGGCACCAUUGACUUCCCUGAGUUCCUAAACCUCAUGGCUAAAAAGAUGAAAGACACGGACUCGGAGGAAGAGCUCAAAGAAGCUUUCAGGGUGUUCGACAAAGACCAGAACGGAUUCAUAUCCGCUGCAGAGCUCCGCCAUGUCAUGACGAAUCUAGGCGAGAAGCUUACUGAUGAAGAAGUUGAGGAGAUGGUCCGUGAAGCUGAUGUUGAUGGAGAUGGUCAGAUUAACUACGAGGAGUUUGUCAAGAUUAUGAUGGCUAAGUGAUUUAUAUAUAUAUGGUAAGCUAAGAAAAAAACUAAGAAAAGUGGUGGUGAUAUUAACCUUUUAUUAUCUAGAAAAAAAAUCGAUCUGUUGUUGAUUGAGCUUAGUAGUUUGCAAGGUUUUAACAGACAUUAUUGGUUGACGAAUAUCUUUUUAUUUUGUGGGUU